CAUUCAACGGAUCUCGAAUUUUCAUCCCAAUUUAUUCCCAUUUCUUUCCCUAUAACCUCGUGGUCGUAAAACCUCGAAUCCCCAUUUUCCUUCUUCUUCUUGAUCCAACUCCUUCGCUCGCUAUCGGUUCAGUUGCAGGCGUCCUGGAAGAUGUAACUGGGUAAGCUUUCUUGGUCUUUCUUGGUUUUUUUUUGUCGCUACGCAAUCAUGAAUCCGCCCAACUCGAAAUUUGGGUUUUUCCCCGAUGAAGUAGUUGUUCAAAUUCUCGCUCGAUUGCCCGUUAAAUCGCUCUUCAGAUCGAAGACCGUGUGCAAGCAUUGGUACGGGUUGGCCUCCGACAAGUACUUUAUUCAACUGUACAAUGAAUUGUCUGUUAAAAACCCUAUGGUGCUGGUAGAGGUUUCGGAGUCCUCCGAAUCCAAAUCGAGCUUGAUUUGUGUCGAUAAAUUGAGGGGCGUUUCGGAUUUCUCGUUGGAGUUCAUGAAACAUAGGGUUAAAGUCAGGGCUUCGUGUAAUGGAUUGUUGUGUUGUUCCAGUAUACCCGAGAAGGGCGUGUAUUAUGUUUGUAAUCCAACGACUAGGGAGUAUAAAUUGCUGCCGAGAAGCCGGGAAAGACCGGUUACUCGAUUUUAUCCCGAUGGUGAAGCCACUCUGGUUGGUUUGGCUUGUGAUUUGUCGAUGCACAAGUUUAAUGUAGUGUUAGCCGGUUAUCAUCGGUCAUUUGGACAUAGACCAGAGAAGACUUUUAUAUGCUUGAUAUUCGAUUCAGAAUCGAGCAAAUGGAGGAAAUUUGUAUCGCUGCAGGACGAUUAUUUCACCCAUAUGAAUAGGAACCAAGUUGUGUAUGCUAAUGGUGCGCUUCACUGGUUGACUGGAAGUUGUUCUUGCAUUCUUGUUCUUGAUUUGAAUGGUGAUGUCUGGAGGAAAAUUUGGUUGCCGGAUGAGGUCUGUGGUGGGGCUGGAAAUAGGGUUUAUUUGUUGGAGUCUGAUGGGAAUGUCUCUGUGGUUCAGAUGUCAGAUGCGUGGAUGACCAUUUGGGUGUUGAAAGAUUAUGAAAGGGAAGACUGGAAUUUGGUGGAUAGGGUGAGUCUGAGAUGUAUUAGAGGAAUGGUUCCAGGAAUUUUUCCGAUAAGUCAGGCCGGUCAAUAUGUGUUCCUUGCCACCCAUAAGCAGGUAUUGCUGUAUCAUCGAGACAGCAGAGUGUGGAAAGAGAUGUAUUCUGUGAAGAACAGCUCGACGCUUCCUUUGUGGUUCUCUGCACAUGCCUUUCGGAGCACGAUUCUCUCCUGUCACUAAGGUCUAAACUGUAGCUAUGGAACUUGUUUAUAUGCAACUGCAACUGCUAAAGAUGCUUCAUUGAUGUUUUUUCUGUCAAACAUUUUUGUGAUUGUAGAGAUGUCGGUUGGAAGUUAGUACCAUGGUAGUGGAUCUUAUAUUGAUCUUAGCUAUUCAAAUUGCCAAUUCUCUAA